AAAGGCUUCCUUCUCUGCUUUCGGUUUUGAGGAUUAAGUGAACAGUACAAGAGACUUUUGAUAUAAUACGCACCUGACAGUCCAGCGGGUUUCUAAAGUCAUAGAUCAAUUGCAAUGCAAGCAAAAAUGAGAAACGGAUUAUUAUCGAUUGGACUUUUCAUGGCAGCAAUAGCUCUCACCUCAGGUGUUUCGAAACCCAACACAACAACCUCAAACCCCAAUACCACGGUUGUAACUUCAAACGCAACAACCGCAAACCCCAAUACCACGGUUGUACCUUCAAACGCAACAACCGCACACCCCAAUACCACGGUUGUACCUUCAAACGCAACAACCGCACACCCCAAUACCACGGUUGUACCUUCAAACGCAACAACCACACACCCCAAUACCACGGUUGUACCUUCAAACGCAACAACCGCACACCCCAAUACCACGGUUAAACCUUCAAACGCAACAACCGCACACCCCAAAACUACUGCACAUCCUACACCAGUACCACAGCCAACGCCACCACCUACCAACAGCACGUUGGGACAUUAUAAUGUUACUAGUGAUAAUAAAACAUGUAUUAUGGCUGAUUUUGAAAUCAAGAUCGUUGUGAACAACAGCGAGGUUAAUGGGACAUUCAUUGUUCAGCCGAGCAAAACCAAUAUCUCUGGGAACUGCCAAGAUUCAUCGCCAGUGGCUAAUAUGUUUCUCAGCUUCAUUGAGGGAGAAGUUGUCCUAAAAUUUAGAAACAAUGCCACAUCAAAAAUGGUCUAUGUUGAGACUUUGGAAUUUGACCUGAACUAUGCUUUCAAGUCUGGAGCAAUGAAGAAUUACAACGGGAUAAACGAAUCUCUCCAGCUGUUUGCUGCAGCCGCAGAGCACUCAUAUUCCUGCAAGUCUGUGAAGGUGUUCAUGGGGCAAGGGGUGCAUCUGGAUUUUACCAGCAGCAGAGUUCAGGCCUUCAACAUCAAGAACAAAGAGUUUGGAAAGGCUGAUCUGUGCAAGGCUGAUCAACCCGACUACCGCGUUCCCAUCGCUGUGGGCAUCAUACUUGUCAUCCUCAUCGUCAUUGUCGUCAUUGCUUACCUUGUCAGCAGAAAACGGAGGACUGAUGGUUACCAGUCUCUUUAAAAACCUGCAAACACUCGCUUAGCAGAUGUACUACCAACAUUACCAGUUUAUGGGGAAUUUGAAUGUUUUGUGAAUUUUGAGUUAAUGUUACUCAAGAACUGAUGAACAUGGAUAAUCUAAAAUACUUCCUACAAUAGCAAAGGGUAUGUGAAAUGCAGACAUGCUGCAUAAUAACACAGGUGCUGUGGCUGCAUCACUAUAAAAUCAUGUUACAAUGCAUACAGCUUAGUGCAUAAUCUGCCUAACAAAGGCAGAUUACCUCACUAUAGCAAGUUAAGUUAUUUUCCUUUCGUAUUGGCCUACCUUCAUGAAAUUACCAUUUUUAAUAACUUAAUCAACUGACAUAGAGCGAUGUUAAUUCUUUACUGUUGCUUAGCCUGAACUGCUCACAUCUAAUUCAUUUUCUGUCCUUAGAGGCCAACCCUAGGUUAAUCAGAUGUACAUAAGUUAACAAGGGCACCAUAAAAGGGAAUUUAGUUGAAGCCUUACAUGCUUUGUUUCAUGGAUAUAUUAUGCAUUGUACUUUGUAAUUAAAUAUAAAAAGGAAUUUAAUGAGCAGGCACAUCCCUGUUUUAGUCUACAGUAUAGUUCUUUUAAGAAUUAUACAUUUAUUCUAUUUCUGCUGGCUUCAGACUAAAGGGCUUUGCUGUAUUGUGUUUUGAUGUGAAACUGUAACUAAAGAUGAAUUUGAAAAGAAAUACAGAAAUGCACUGAAUGCAGUAGUAUGUAGUCAUGUUUUGUUUACAACCAAUAAAAGAAAUAAAAACAA